GUCAUCUCACAACCAUGAACGCAAUCCUCCUCGUUGUGGCAGUCGUGCUGGGAGUGAGCAGUGCCUCAAGGGUUCGCCGCGGCGGCAUCAGCGUCGGAGGCGGCCUCGGCGGGGACUACGCGGGAGUCUCCGGGGGCUACGCGGGCUACACGGGAAGCACCGGGGGCGUGAAUGUCCUCCUUGCUGGGGGAGGCGGCGGCUACGGCGGCUACGGCGGCAGCACCCACGUCCUGAACGCCGGCGGGGGCGUGGCCUUCUACCCUUCGGCGGCGCAGCAGCAGCCGUGGUACUACAACAUCGCUCAGGGCGCCGGGGACGCCUACUCCGCCAAGACGAUCGCCGCCGGGGACUACGCCAUCCAGACGGCCGACGCCGCCGCCCUCGGUGCCGCCCACGGCGUCCUCGCCCUGGCUAACGACGCAGGAUUCGCCGGCACCGUCAACUACCUCACCCAGCACGCCCAGGACGCCUCCCUGGGCGCCGCAGCUCACUCAGGCGCCGCCCACGUGGUCGUCGGCGCGGCCGGAUACCACUAACGCCCGCGGCAGGACAGCAAAGGCACAAAAUGUCACUCACUUAACUCGACUGGCGUUUCCCGCUCCUCACUCCCAUUCAUCUCCAACUACUCUCAAAGCGAAUGCAUCUGUACGAGAAUUCAUUAUGAAUACUACAGUAACGUCUGCCACCAUCUACUCCUUCUGCUGCUAUAAAUAACAUGCCAGUGACAUUUUUGAAUGAUUCUUGCGUCAUUAGUAUCCAUUAAUAACACAAGAGAUCCCUGAGAGACCGCCAAUGUACUGUUCAGUGAAAGAUCGGUAUAUUCAUUUCUUUAUUAUCAAAUAUGAUCUUCUCGGCGACAUCGAUAAAAGAAAGAAAAAUAAAUAAA